AUGGUGCAAAAGAGUGGGCACCGGCAUUUUGAAAACAAAGCGUCCAUCCCCACGAUGUCGUCCCCCGCUCCUGAAGUGGCUGCCGCCGAUGAAGAGAAGCCGGCAGUGGCGCCGCCUGCUGCCCCUGUGGAUGUCUUUGCGACAGAGGAAAUCUCGCACUCGUUGGACUACAUCAUGGCGAUGGGACAGGGCCUCGAUGCCGACAAGGAAUACACGGCGACCUUGGACAUUGUCCGAUCGAACCCCAACUCGCACUUGUUUUCCGCCGUCAGCUUCGAAGAACUCAACUUGCCUGAAAACCUCCUCAAGGGGGUGUACGCGAUGAAGUUCAGCAAACCAUCCAAGAUCCAAACCGUCGCGCUUCCCAUGAUCUUGACCGAACCUCCAGAGAACCUGAUCGGACAAGCUCAAAGCGGCAGUGGCAAGACCGCCACGUUCGUCCUCGGCAUGUUGUACCGCGCCACGAAAGACACGACCAAGCGCGUGCAGUCGUUGUGUUUGGCGCCGACCCGCGAACUGGCGCGUCAAAUCAUGGCCGUGGUGACCGUCAUGGGAUCGUUCUGCGGAAUUGAGACCUUCCUCGCCAUUCCCGGCAACGAAGUCGAGAAAGGCCAGCACAUCACGGCGCAAAUCGUGGUCGGGACACCCGGGCGCGUCGAGUCGCUUGUGAAGAAGCGCACGCUCGACCUCACACAUCUCAAGAUUUUUGUAUUGGACGAAGCCGACGUCAUGAUUGACGAAAGUGGCAUGCGCGACCGGUCGCUGGCCAUCAAAAAGAUGAUCAAGAACCCAGCGUGCCAGAUCUUGCUGUUUUCUGCCACGUACGCCGACGACGUGCGCGAAUUCGCCGAGAAGAUGGUUCCCAACCACAACACGAUCAUGGUCAAGAAGGAGCGGCUGUCCCUGGAUGAAAUCAAACAAUUUUGGAUCGAUUGCAAGAGCCAGAACCAAAAGGCGGAAGUGCUGAGCGACUUGUUUGGGUUGCUGAACGUGGGCAAGAGCGUGAUCUUUGUGCACACGCGCGAAACGGCCAAAAAAGUGACGGCCAACAUGCGGGAAAAGGGGCACAAGGUGGGCAUUUUGCAUGGCGCGGACAUGGCCAAGGAGGUGCGCGACCAGGUGCUGGACGACUUUCGACUCGGCACGACCAAAGUGCUUAUCACGACCAACGUGCUGGCACGAGGUAUUGACGUGAUGGGAGUAUCUCUGGUGAUCAACUAUGACAUUCCUGUGAACCGAGAAGGACACCCGGACCCGGAAACGUAUUUGCAUCGCAUUGGACGCACGGGUCGGUUUGGGCGCAAGGGCGCGGCCAUCAACUUUGUGUACGACACCAAGUCCAAGAUGGAUCUGGCGUUCAUUGAAAGCUACUACGAGAAGAAGAUCGAAGAGGCGCCCGUGGACGACUUGGAAGCGUUGGAGAAGCUCUUGGCGUGGACGUAACAAAUACUAGUCGUUUACCUGGGAACAUUAACACAACAACACCAUAGUACAUACAGGGUACUAGUAUACUACGUAGUAGUACUAGUAUUUAUUGGGGUGCACAAACUAACAGCGUGGUGACAGCAUGUAGUGUGAGAG